AUGCCGGGCUACGGCUUUGACGAGACUGCAGAGCUGGAAUGCGUGCGUCAGUUCUCAGGUCCUCGUAUCUCAUCUCAUGAUAUGAAGUUGCAGUCUUUGCCUGUUGUUACUGGAGCGCCUUGUUCAGCAUCUAUGGCACCAUCUUCCAGUACCCUCUCCACGGUUAUUACGCAUGGACGUUUUACUUAUUUGACACCAUCAACCACGCAUUCUUCCCUUUCUGGAAUCCUGCCCUCCGACAUGGUAUCCUAUUCUGGACUACCAGAACAACCUUCAGGUGGUAGUUUCUCUGGACUAUCUCCUGAAGCAAGCAAUUGUGCAGACCCACUUGGUGAUGGUGUGCAUAAUAACAUUGGCAUUUGCAGUGUUGAGAGUCAGCAAAUUGCUGGUUUUGUCAGAACCGUCAACGAAUCUGACGCUAGAGAUGAAUGGUUAACAAGCUUUGUGAAUGCGGAUUUGGAUGAUAUUAUUACCACUGAUAUAACUUCGAACUGUCACCAAAUGGCUGAAUCUGCACCUGUCCCCUCAUAUCCAAACUCUAAGUCAUGGCAACAUGAUGAGCACAUGGUACAUCAAUCGGUCUCAGUUCCUUCUGAACCUCAACAAUUGUAUCCAACUGUUUCUCCUGUGGCAACUACAAAUGCUCAUUGCCCCAAAAAGGCCAAGGCACGCAUGCGAUGGACUAUGGAAAUGCAUGAUCGCUUCGUAGAUGCUGUCAAUCAGCUUGGUGGCAGUGAAAGUGCUAAACCUAAAGCAAUUCUUGAUAUCAUGAAUGUUGAAGGUCUGACUCGUGAUCAAGUCAAAAGCCACUUGCAGUUCCAGAUUCAUAGAAGCCUACUCGAGAACCAUGUGCUGAGUCUCCACGAGCUUGAACAGCGGCAGACGGACCGUCGCACGUUGCAUCCUCUUCCCGGCCCAGCAGCGGCAUGGUCAGCUGCUGCUCUGUCGGCGGGGGGUUCCAGAGGGGUGCGCGGCGAGCCAAGCAACACUGCAGCUCCGGAUGAUGAGGGCGGUCUGGCUAAUCAGGCAACAGAGGUUGGCUCGCCUGGCAAUGAGGCAGGAGCAUGA